AUAGUAUUGAAAUAAAUAAUAAUAUUAAAGAAACUAUUUUGGAUCAUAAAUUCUGGGUUGAUCUUAAAAAACUACAUGAUUUUUUAGAACUUUUUAUUGUUUUUAUUCGUCAAUUAGAAAGUAAUAAACCAUAUCUUUCUUCCACAUAUAAAACCUUACAGGAUUUAAAAAAUUCGAUUAUGAAUAAUUCACAAAUUUUAGAAAAACUACCAGAUAUAAUUAAUUCUGAAGUAAUUCGUAUUGCAGGUACUGAUAAUAAAGACAAAACAUUAAGUAAAUUAACUGAAUAUCUUAGAAAAUUAGGAGUUGCACUAAAAAUCUUGUCAAUUUUAGCAACCUCAGCAGCUAGUGAAUGUAAUUGGUCUGCUUAUGGGUUUAUUCAUUCAAAAUUACGUAAUCGCAUGCUUACUGAAAAAGCUGAAAAACUUGUUUUUAUAUAUUGGAAUAUACGAAUUCUUCAUCAAUUAAAAAGAUCUAUAUUAGUUAGAGAUAUACAUGUUGCAGAAAAAACUUGUAGUGUUACCUUAAAUAAUCAAGAGCAAAGUGGUGAUCUAGAUAAUAAUGAUAUAAAUGAAGAUAAUUUUACUAAUUUUUCUAACAGACUUCUUAAUAUGCUCAACGAUAGUAG